AAUGAAGAGAAUAUUUAAAUAUUCUAUGUAUGAAAUAUAAAGGUUUAGGCAUCUUUAUAACUUUUAUAUAAGUAAUCUCUAAUCUGUCUAAUUUAACAAAUGAUUUAAAACUUGGUUACAUAGUCAUGCAGUUUCUGCUUCCCUCUAUCAACUCACUUGAGAUCUUUCCAGAGCAAUAUGGAUAUAGCAAAGGAAUUAGUAUUAAAUUUGAAACAAACUAAUGUAUCACAUGCAGGGUAUGGUUUACAAAAAGAAUGUGAAUCUCUUAUUGGUCAUAUUUUACAAAACAUGGUAAAGUCUCAAUUUCCAGAAUUAAUUCCUGAAGUAAAAAAUGAGGAAGACUCUAUCCACUAUAGAGAAGAAGGAAACCAACAUUUUGUAAUGGGUGAUGAUAAUGAAGCUAUAAAAUAUUAUACAAUGAGUUUAGCAUAUGCAAAUGAUAAUGAACUUAUGUCAUAUGCUUAUGCCAAUCGGUCUGCUGCUUUAUAUAGAAAACAAAUGUUCAAAGAAUGUUUGAUAGAUAUUGAUGCUGCUUUAAGUCUUGGAUAUCCAGAAGAAAAAAGAAAAAAUCUGAAAGAAAGGGGAGCCAAGGCUAUCGAAGAAAUUAAGAAAAGAUUACAACUUACAAAGGAUGAUCAUAUUGAUAUAGAAACACUUAAGAAUAUGUGUUUAUCAGAAAAAAUAAAUGAGGAACCUGGAGGUGUAAGAUAUAGAAAUGGAAAGGUUAAACUUUCAGAAGAUAUGAGUAAAAAUUUUAGCAUCAAUGAAAAGAAAGAUUUAAUCAAUGAUUCUAAUGGAAUAUCCAAAGAUAAUGAUAAGGAAAAACAGCUAAGAUACUUAGCUGAUGAAGGUCCUUUAAAGUUAGCUUAUGGUCCAAGUAAAGAGGCUCCUGCUGCUAGUGAUGGUAUCAGCAUUUCUUUUUCUGAAAAAUAUGGACGUCACUUAGUAGCUACAAAAGAAUUUAAACCAGGAGAUGUAGUUACUAUUGAAAAUCCAUAUGCUUAUGUUAUUUAUACACAAAGGUAUUAUACACAUUGUCAUCACUGUUUAUCAAGAAGCUAUAAUUUAAUUCCUUGCUCACACUGCCCUGUGGCUCAAUACUGUUCAGAAAAAUGUAGAAAAUUAGCUUGGGAAAUGGCUCAUCAAAUAGAAUGUCCAAUUAUGGCAUUAGUAGGAAACUUACUUAAUGUUGAUAAAGAUAAGAUACGAAUGCUUACCAAAAUUAUUAGAUUUCUCAUUGUAAUAACAUCAAAGGGCAAGAAAUUUGAUGAACUGCGAGUGGACAUGGAACUAGCUGAAUCUAAUCCAGAUAACAGAUCUGCAGGAUUUACAGAUGAAGGCAUAUUGGACAGUACCAGCGCACGAUCUGCUUUGAGUCUCGCUACCAAUAUGACAACGCGACCACUUAUUGGAAUCAGUGCUUUUGCUUGCAUCUCAGCUCUUGCAGCUAUCCUCCUAGCCACUCAGACUAAUUUCUUCUGCAAUAAAUAUGAAGUGAACCAAUUAAAAGAUAUUAGCAAUUAUCCAAAGAUCAUAUUCUCUGGAAGCCUUAUGUUUCGCGCUUGUGUUAUAAUGUCUUCAAAUUGUUUUUCAGUGCAACAAGAACCAGGAAUUAAAACAGGUUCAGGAUUAUAUGUAACACAUAGUUUAUACAACCAUUCUUGCGCACCAAAUACAUUUCGUCAUUUUGAAGAGCUAACAAUGAUUACUCGCGCUCUAAGACCAAUAUAUCCUGGAGAUCAAAUAUUCACAAAUUAUGGUGCUGCAUAUGCAUAUAUGACAAAAUCUGAAAGAAGAAAAAAAAUAAUACAAGACUAUUUCUUUGAAUGCGAUUGUAUCGCGUGUGCAUUUGACUGGCCAAUGUACGAUGAAAUUUUGCAAAAACACAUUGGUUCUAUUAAAAAAAAUAAAGAGCUUGUAGAAAGAUUAAAACCUUAUAAGCAAAGAUUGGUAAAAAAUAUGUAUGAUAUUGAUGCAGUAAAGUCAGUCCUUGAUAUAUUAUAUAAGAACGUAUCCCAGCCGUGUGAAGAAAUCGUACACGCGGAACAAUACCUGAAGAGUUAUUACUUAGGUAAAUUUAAGUAAAUAGACAGUGAACUUGCUUAUACUGGUUUAUAUUUGUAGCUUCACUUACUUGUGAGUUCUUAACUCCAUGCUUUAUAUCCUGUGAACCACCUUUAUUUAAAUACUUCACUUUGUACACUCAUUUCUUGCUUAUAUAUCUAAUAAGGCUGCUUGUAAAUCCAUGGUUUAAACUGCUUUAUAAUAAUUACUUAUUAAUUGCUUGGGGCUGCAGGGGUAUGUAAAAAUGUAAUGUAUUAGACACUUAAAACAGGAACUCAAUUUCAUAAAUAUAUUUUCUUGUUUUUAGACCCAUAAGAGAGGCAUCAACAGCAUACUACAUUAUUAAUGAAAGACAUGAAAUAUUCCUAAAAACAUUUUAUUGAAGUUAUACAUGAUAUUUAUCUAGUUCCUAAGAAAAUGUGCUUCUUAUACACAAUACAUUUGUCUAAAUAUUCAAACUAAUAGAAAUGUGUGUAAUAAUAUAAAUAUGAAGGAAAAAAUAUAACAGAGAUAAUGAAAUUGAUGAAUGAGUAAAAAUUAAACAAUCUUCGUCACAAUAUCUGUAUUUCUAAUAACGCAAUAGAAAAAUUGAUAUAUUGUGUAUCUUACAUAAUCCAUUAUAAAAAUCAAAUGCUUUAUGUUCACAUAUAAAGAAUACUUUACAUUAUUAAAAACUGUAGAAGUAAUAGAAAUAAUCAUGGCAAUUCAUUAAAAUUACAAUGUAAUAAAUUCUAUAUAUUAAGUUAAGGAUAAUAAAUUGUCUAGUUAAAUUGUUGAUUACUACUUCAGUACAUUACAUAUUGAAAUAGUCUAUAUCAUAAGAAACUAUUUAAUUAUCAAUAAAAUAUAAUAUUUGAUUAUAUUUUAAACCUGUUAAUAUAUUCAAAGUGUAUUCAAAGCCUAGUUGUAUAGUAAUAGAAAAGAUAAUUACCACGAGAGAAAAUAAAAUUAAAUUUCUUUAAUA